GAUGGGUUCUUGUUGGCUGCUCUAAAGAACCAAAAAGACAGACUAUUUCUCUUAAAAUUAGAUCAAGAAAUGGAACGGUUUAUAAAAGAAAAAAAUCGAACACGAUUAGAAUUUCCGCCCAUGAAUUCCUAUCAAAGACUUAUCGUUCAUCGUGUUGCACAAUAUUUCAAAUUAUCGCAUGUCGUUGAUACUAGUGGAAAGGCUGUUGUCUUAUAUAAGUCUGCAGAAACUCAAAUGUAA